UAUUUAUUACUCCUCGUGUCAUCUCCUCAAAGACACACCACAUCACUCUCAUCUUCUUCGUGUCUUCAAUUGAAUCAGCCACAAAAUAUUUCAAGUUCAAUCUGUUUCAAAGUCUUCAAUUUAUAAUUUGAGAUGAGUUAUUUUCUUGGUGGAGGAAAAAUUGAUUCAUUAAAACUUAGAGUUGUAGAUCUCUUCGAGAUAUUGAAUUUAGGCUCAAAAAUUUCUUCAAUCGGAGUUCGGAGCUAAGAGUUAUGCUCUCUGGAAGUUGUAGUUGUUGCUGCCACUGUUGCAGCGUUUUUCUCUCUCCUCUGCCUUCGCGGUGCUGCUGCCACUGUCGUGCUGCCGCCGCUGUUGGUGGUGUUGCAGCUGUUGUUUUGGUUGUUGUUGCUGCUGGUUUGUGUUGGUGUUAAAGACUUGAUUCCUUACUCCAUUUACUGCACUCUUGGCUAACGGAAACCCCAAAUCAGUUUUUGCCACUCUUAUCAAGGGUAAUAUAUGUAAGCUCUGUAUUAUCUUUCUUUUAAUUUCAAAAUUUGUAUCAGUACACUGGUUUGAAUCUUCAAAUCAAAUUUUGCAUCUUGGGCACAAUGUCAUAAUAGGACUUAAAUAGUUGUUUUGAUAUUGGAAGUAAAGAUUGAAACUUUCUUUUGUUAAAGUGAUUGGAAAUGGUUUUGGAGCUUAUAAUCUUUAGUAAGCUUGACGAAUUAAAUUUUACAAAUUUUGUUUCGUAUAUUUCAAAUCCAAAUCGUAAUUUCAUGUCUGCAAAUCAGUGUAAUAAUUUCCAAAAUAAGGUUAAUUAGAGUAGUAUGUGAGUUGGUUAGAGGAAUAGUUUAAAUAUAAGAUGUGUUUAGUUCAUGAAAAAGUUAAUGAAUAUAGGAAAGUCAAUUCAUUUUUCUAAAUUGUAGUAAGAUUGGUGAUUAAUUAUCGGUAUUGCUUUUGAGGCAUCUUAUGUAUAUCAAUUUGUGGAGCUUGGAGAAUUAAAGGAGCUUAAGGGGGCUGAGUUAUUGGAUUGCAUUUUAAGAAAUUGGUUUGCAAUUGAGGUAACCUUUAUGUUCAGCAAAAUUUAUUUAAAUGCCCGUGUAUGCGUUAUAUUGAAUUUUAGAAAUCAUAUAUCGUUUAUAGUCAUGGCCAUGGUUAUAGAUGCAUAUUCAUGUGUGGAUUUGUAAAAUAUACAUGACUUUGUUAUGGUAUUGGAAUUGUUCGGAUAUGAUUAUAUUUAAGAAAUAUGAUUUGAGUAUGAUAAUGUAGAAAAUAAUUUCAAAAUUGUUUUAGCUGGCUUAGUUUAUGAACUGAGAUGAAUAGUGGCAAGGUACAGGUGGAGGAAAAUGAUUCGUAUAUGAGUUAAAACCAGAUAAGGUCGAAUAUUAUGUUAUGUUAUGUUAUAAGCCUGUACUUGCCAGCGAUUUCUGUUAUGUGAUUAAACUAUGACAGCGAUAUAUUUAAAAGAUAAAUUAUUUCCGAACAAUUACCAAGUUUGUUUCUUAUACGAAAAAAAACGUUUACGAACCAAAAUCGUUUUGACGGGCUGAAGUAAAGUUACUGAGUUUUUUGCUCAUUUUAGUUUUUGUUUUUGUCUUGUAUUUUUCCUCUAUAAUUUGCAGGUGUAUGUUCGGGUUUCGGAAUGAAUCAGAGAAAGAGCUUUUAGUUAAGAGAUGGAAAUUAAAUUAGUGAUUUGAAGUUAUAUUUAGAAUAUAAGUUGUUGAUUAUUAAGUUCUUAUAUGAUGUUUAAGUAUUAUAUUGUCUUGGGAAUCAAGUAAGGUAUUAUGUAAUCUGUUAAUUGGUAUUGAAGGUGAUUUGUUGUUGUGGGCCCUGAUCCACAGGUCCAGGAUCGCUUCAUAAUAGGUUUGGUCUGCUGCAAGAUAAUGAAUGUAAUUUGAAGUUAUUAAGUGUUAAUUGAGUUUUAUGAAUGGUAAGUAUGAUUAGCUAGCAGCUCGGAAGUGCGGGCUGUUACAAAAAAACAGUAAACAGAUUUAAUAACAGGAAAAAAAAAACGAUCUUAAACGGAAAAAAAAAAAAACUAACAAACAAAUCUUACAAAAACAAAAAAAGAAAAAGCAAAAAAAAAAAAAAUCUACAAGGAGGCCGAAAAUGGAGGCCGAUCUACAAGGAGGCUGGAAAAAAAUGAAAAAAAAACGAAAAAAAAAAGGAAAAAAGAAACAGAAAUCGCCACAGAGACGACGACGAUCUAAGAUGAAUUUCGCUUGCUUCGCCAUGAUUGCUUAUAUAUUUCGGUUGCGUUGCUUCGCCAUCUUGAAACGACGACGAGACGAGCCAGACAACGAGAUGAGCGAGUCGACAAGACGAGCCAGACGACGAGAUGAGCGAGUCGACGAGACGAGCCAGACGAGAAAAUCGCCACUGAGACGACGUUGCGUUACUGCGAUAUCGCCACUGAGACGACGUUGCGAUGCUUUGUUGUUCGGUGGUGGAAUCUCUAGAUGAGCCACCGAGACGCGAUGCCGACGAGGUGAGAGGUGAGAGCUGAGAGGUGAGAGGGUGAGAGGUGAGAGCUGAGAGGUGAAAGGGUGAGAGUUGAGAGAGAACGGCUGAGAGAGGCGUGAGAUUUGAGAGAGCAUUUGAGGAGAGAGAGGAUGAGAGAAAGAAUGAGAGAGGCGCGGAUGAGAUUUGGAGGCGUGAGAUGUGAAAAAAAACCCCUACUUAACACGUCAUGUCUUAUAUAUUUUUUUUAAAUAUGUUUUAAUGAUAUUGGUGCGGUUUUCAUCAAAAACCGCAGCAAUAUAUUGAAAUAUUAUUUUUUUAAAAUCAUUUUACUAUAUUGCUGCGGUUUUUGUCAAAAACCGCAGCAAUAUGUAUGGUCAAAUAGUCAACUUUUUUCAAAAAGUUUCCUAUUCAGACCAUAUUGAUGCGGUUUUAGGUCGAAACCGCAGCAAUAUCUUUAUUUCAUAUUUUACCUUUUCUUUUUACGUGAUAUAUUGCUGCGUAUGGGUAAAACCGCAGCAAUACUACCGCAGCAAUAAACAAUUAUUCUAGUAGUGUUUAUUUUUGUAUAUUGAAGAGAGAGUUUGGAAUAGAAGAGGAUGUUUUGAAGAAACGAGAUGUCUUGACUACAUGUGAUAAACGGUGGAGAGAUUUCAAGUCAAGAUUGGUGACUAGAUGGAUCACGAAAACGAGGAAGGGGCCUAACAAUGAUAGGCGACCAUACGUGAUGUAUCCUUUCAUCACGCGAAAGAUCUGGGACAAGUUUGUAGAAAAAUGUAGCUCUAAGGAGUUCCAGUAUGUAAUAUAUAAUAUGAAAUUAUAUUAUCAUUACGUUCUUUAAUAUUGACUAGUUACUAAAUCCUAUAUUAGGCUAAAAGUGAAAAAGCAAGAAUCUCUCAGGCUGCUAACAAGCAUCCUCAUUUUUUGGGUCAAAAAUCAUAUGCGGAGAUGAUUCCCAUUUGGCAAAGCAAAGGGUAUAUCCCUUCCGCUACAGCAUCAUCUGUUGACUCAUCUACAUCAUCAUUGAUUUCCUCCUUGCCGGAUCGGAUAUUGCCUUGGCUUCUCGCGAGAUCGAAAAAAGAUAAGGAUGGAAAUUUCUUCUUUCCUAAUGAACAACACAAAAGAUAAAAGAGUCCAUUGAUGAUUGGAAAAAGAAAGAAACUGAAGGAGAGUUUGUUCCAAGUCGGAUCGAUGAUGCUCUUUCACGUUCUCUGCAGAGGAAAGACCGACCUGGGUGUGUGUUAACAGCUGGGAGUACCAUUGGGAUUACAUCUGUUUGGGGAGAUCCUGAUCGGAGCAGUACUGCUCGCAAGGGUAGGGGCAUGGAUGAUGAGGAGAUUCAGGCAUUAGAGGCUAGAGUGAGUCAAAGAGUUAGAGAACAGACAAUGGAAGAGAUGAACUCGAAGAUAGAUGCAUUAGUUCAAGAAAGGUUAAUGGCUUUUGCGACGCAGUUAGGUAUUCAAGUACCAACUCCUUCCACUCCAGUCGUUCCUAGUAGUUGUCAAUCGAGGGGCAAUGAUCCAUUUGUGGACUUGCAGAAUCAAGUUCCAUGUCGCUUGGCAAUAGCGGAUGUCUCGUGACCGAUCAUUGUAGCUGAGGGUACCGUUCAUUCACGUCAAGAGUCAUCGUCACACUCUAACGACUACCGUGAGAGUAUUUGUUGAUGAUUUUUAUGCGGAUUACGUAGAUGUUCCAGUUCCACUCUCUACUCCAUUCAUCACGAAACUCAGUCAAGCUGAGGGUUCUGUCAUAGAAUGGCCAAAAGAGUUGGUAUUUUUAGUCUCAGAUAAUCAGAUGAGCCUUUUAGUAUCGAAGUUAGUAGGAGUUCCUACUUCAGCUAUACUACUGAUCAUAUGAUCAUUCUCUCUGGACAAGAUGUUUUCCAACUUCUGACGGGAGAAUGGCUUAAUGUAUCCAUUUUGCAAGUAUUUAUGAUGUACUUGUCAGAUGAUAAUGAGGUGAAUGGAGAUUCAAAUAUUGGUUUCAUGUGUCCUAGUAUGAUUUCGGAGACCAUGCUACGCCAUGAACCAGAUGUCGCGAUCAACUACAUGCAAAGGACAAUGAAAGUCAAUCGAGAGAUGACAUACAUCAUGCUUCCGUACAUUGAAAAGCAACAUUGGAUUCUUCUCGUCCUUUCUCUAUCCAAAAAAACCGUAUAUGUAUUUGAUUCGCUUAAGAGAUCAGAUAGAUCCUUAGCUAUCAAGGAACCGAUGCAUACUGCAUAUACAUCAUUCAUGCGCCUUGAAGGUAUCAAAAAAGCAACAAAAUUGUCUUGGAUAUCUAUGAAGUGUGCUCAACAAACGGAAGGAGAUGAAUGCGGCUAUUUCGUUAUGAAAUACAUGUAUCUAAUCGUCCGCUUUCUCUAUGAGUCAAAUGAGUUGAAGAAGGAUUUUCCUCCAAGCGUUGAGCCAUACACUAUAGAAGAUAUCAACGAACUCAAAGACCAUUUUGCGCAAUACUUUAAACAUCUCGUGGGGGAAGAAAGGGCCAAGUAACUUGUUAGUGUAAUAAGUGUAGUAGUUGUACAUUAUUGGUUGAUUAUUGCAACAUUGGUUGAGUAUUGCAACAU